CCGUCUAGAGAAAGAGUACGACUCUUUUCAUUAUUAACCUCAGAGAGAAUCUUUCGAGUUGAUCUAGUUGUUAGACUAUCUGAUUUAUUAUUGCCUGGUAGUCUUGUUUCUCGUUUAUUAUUGACUAAGGGUUUGUCUCGCACAAUGGCAGAUACAAACACGACUGCAGCAUCGGGGGAUGCAUCAACGAAAGGUCCUUUGCAUGCUCUUCGUCCCAAAGAUAUUCUACAACCACUACACAACAGCAUCCCCGAAAGGCUGCUGCCCCGUUUUGAUCCAAAAUACGUGGAACUAUAUAAUAAAUACAAUGCCGGCCGUCUACAUACGCACGAGGUUCCGAUUGAAGAAUAUAGGAAGAACCCUGGCAAGUAUACUGUCUCCUGGGGACGCGCUGCAGGACCGGAUAUCUACCGCAUCACGGAGCAGAAGUGCCCUGUAGAAGGAGGGGAGAUUACUGUCAGGAUCUUCGAACCAGCUCCCAAGGUGGACGAGAAAGGCAAUGCGAAGAAGAGAGCUGCCUACCUUAACUUCCAUGGAGGGGGUUGGGUCUUCGGAGAUUUGUCUAAAGACCACGAUUUCUGUAAACGGAUUGUGGACGCUCUCGAUGGGGACCUCGUGGCUUUUGAUGUCGAAUACCGCCUGGCACCGGAGAACAAGUAUCCUAUACCGGUGAACGACUGUUGGGCAGCAUUCAACUGGGUCCGGAACGAGAAAGCAGAGGAGUUCAACCUCGACCGCGAUAGGUUCGCGGUAGGUGGCAUCUCUGCUGGAGGUCAUCUUUCAGCAGUUGUUGCCCAUCUGUGCCGCGACGAGAGCAUCCCCUUGCGCCUGCAGAUUCUCUGUGUGCCCGUAUGUGACCUCCACAGCCCCUUCACACCAGAAGGACAAUUCGACCGCGAGAACUGCCCGUACGAAUCGUAUCGGAUGAUGGAAUUCACACCAGCGCUUCCGAUGGCCAGAAUGGCAUACUUUCACCGGCAUUUCCUGGGCGUGCCACGACCUGAGAAGUCAGAAAGCGACUGGAAAAUCUCCCCGAUUCUGGCUCCCAAUUUCGCGAACCUAGCUCCGGCGCUUGUAUUCACAGCUGAGAUGGAUCCUCUUUGCGAUGAGGGAGAAGCGUACGCCGCAAAAAUGAAGGCAGCCGGUUGUGAGGUACAGUCGAUCCGUGUGCUUGGAGCGCCGCAUACUUUUGCGUAUUUGGAUGGUGUGUUAGCCUCGGGCAAGCUGUAUAAUGAAAGGACAAUUGCCGUGUUGAAGGAGAAGCUGCGCGAGUGAUUUGGGAGUUUAUCUUAGCAGAGAGUUAUCUUUCAAGUACAGUAGUACAUACUCCAGACAUGAAGCUGUAAAUAUGUACGAAAGCAGUGAUUCACUCCGACCAAGCAACCAAUCAGCAAUUGACGUAGACGGACUCCAACGACGAAACUGUUCGUAUAAUAAUAAUAAUGACUAGUUAGUUAGCAAAACGGAGAGUAACUACUAAGUAAACAGCUGGAUAAUCGAUUACCAGCGGUCGCGGUCCGUUGGUACCGUACGGUACAGCCGCACCCUCCGCAGUUACGGCAAAGGCUUGCCGAACAGCCGUACGGACGGUUAUUCCGAUACACGGAGACGGGAAA